GUCAUCCUUUAAUUCUAUCCCUACCUCUUUCAUUCUCCCGCCCAACCUCCAUCGACAGUUAUCAUCAUAUGCAAUCAUAUCUUACCUCCCCCAAAGCAACACAUCCAGUAAAUAUGUAUAUAUACAUCAGUAGCUGCGGCGUCCUGCAGACUCGCUAGCCGGAGUUUAUAUGGCUAACUAUCCACUCUUCUCCAGCUUCUUAUCUGUUCUUGGCCUCCUACUCCUCCACUUUGGCUGUUUUAUCUCCUCCACCUCCCACCGCCGCCGACGUGAAGACCAACGCACCAACGCCGGAGCUGUGUCUUUUUCUUGGUUCUUCGUUAAACGCCUCUUCCGCUGCGUCUCCCCUCCUCAGGCGCCUAAGCUUUCCUCCCGGCCGUCUCCCUGUUCCUCUUCUAGAUUAUUAGCAAAGCCCAUCUUCACCCCUUUAGCCUCGCCGGAGAAGCUCAUUUCGGGUCGACCCGCUUCCGACACCCCAUCGGGUCAACCCAACAUCUACCCCUGUAGCCUUUGCGGGGAGAUUUUCCUCGUCGCCGGCCAUCUCGAGAAGCAUCAGUUUGUGAAGCACGCGAUCUGGGAGCUCGAGGGCCGUGAUUCGGGCCACAAUGUCGUUCGGAUCAUAUUCAAGACGGGUUGGCCCGCCAUCGCCAAGAACCCGGUUGUACACCGGAUCCUGAAGAUCCAUAAUAGCCCGAAGAUUCUGGCCCGGUUUGAAGAAUACAGAGAGUUCGUAAAAUCGAAAGCCGCACGGGACGUAGACCCGAGGAAGCGAGACGCGAGGUGUAUCGCCGACGGAAACGAGUUGUUGAGAUUCCACUGCUCCACUUUCCUGUGCGACUUAAACCGCGGUGUUUCCGGCGGCGGUGCUUGCAGCUACCAGUACUGUAGCGCGUGCGGGAUCAUCAGAAGCGGAUUCUCAGCCAAGAUGGACGGAAUCCCGACGCAGUCGUCCGGGUGGAAGGCCCACCGGGCGGUGCCGGAGGAGAUAGAGGAGGAGUUCCAGUUUAUGCGCGUGAAACGGGCGAUGUUGGUAUGCCGGGUCAUCGCAGGCCGGGUCGGGGGCGACCCGGACGUGGUGGAGAAGGAGGGUCCCUGGUAUGAUUCCCUGGUGGGUAGAGGGAAUGGGGUGUGCCCUAGAUUGAACGGCGAAGAUGAACUGUGGGUCUACAAUCCGAGGGCUGUGCUGCCUUGCUUUGUCAUAGUGUACACUGUAUAGGACUUUACGCAAAUUAUGAGUCGAAAAUACACUUCGAUAUUUAUCUUCAUGCACGGACUAGUUUAGACUUUAGAUGUUUUUGUGUGGGCGAAAUGUAAAUAUAUACUCCCUCCGUCCCAAAAAUAACUUCACACUUCGUUUUCCAUACAUAUUAGGUAAAUAAACUUACUGAGGGGUAAAUUUUACUCCCUCUGUCUCGAAA